AUGCAUCCAUAUCGACUCAUAUUUCCAGCGCUUAUCGCCACCGCGGCAUCUUUGGCACCUCUGCAGCAGUGUGCAGCGCCUGCAGCACGCCCGCUCUGGACGCGUCGUGCCCUAGGCGCCGCAUGGGUCGCAGCGUACCCGCUGGUGGCCGCAGCGUACCCUUUGGUGGCGCGAGCCGAGGUCUACGAGGGCUCUGCGCCCAUCGAGUUGGUCAACGACGUCGUCAAAGCGGUCGGCUCAUUGUUCUACGACGAGUCACUGCUUGCGUCGCCGCGGUGGUCCGCCGCUGUGAAGAGGGCGCAAACCGCUGCGCGAAACGCCGACGACGCAUCGGCCGCGCCAGCGAUCGUGGCAGAUCUCUUGCAAAGUCUGAACGACCCCUACACGCGGUUCAAGCCGCCGGCGCUCGCCGAGGCGACGCUCGCGAACGCGGGGGCGAAACCGGCGGGCGUCGGGCUUCGCUUGGCACCGGGUGUCAGUGGCAUAGAAAUUGUUGAGGUGCUGCCCGGCUCGCCGGCGGCCACGAGCGCGUUGAGGCCCGGCGAUGUCCUCGUAGAAAUCGAUGAAUCCGCCGCGGCGUCGGCGUCGGCGUCCGCAGCAUCGGAGGCGCUGCGCGGCCGCGCGGGCUCGACGGUCAGCAUCAAGGCGUCGCGGGGCGGAAACAAAAUAAUCGAGCGGCUCGUGCGCGCGCAGUUGGAUUCUAGUGCGCCGGAAGUCGAGGCGCGCGGUGUCGCCGAGGGAGUGGGCGUGCUGGCGGUCCGGUCGUUCUCGGGCGCGACGCCAAGUGCGAUCGAAGGCGCCGUGGCGACGCUCCGGCGGGAUGGCGCCAAAUCUUUGGCGCUAGACCUCCGUGGCAACGGCGGCGGCGACCUGGACGCCGCCGUGAAAGCGGUAGACUUAUUCUUGGACGGCGGAAAGACGAUCGCUAAGAUAAGAGCGCGCACGGGCGUCGACGUGCGGCUGGCCUCGGGGCCCGCCCCUAUUCGCGAGCCGAUGGUCGUGGUUGUGGACGCGGGAACCGCAUCGGCCGCCGAAUUGUUUAGCGCGGCGUUGGCGUCGAAUCGCCGCGCGACGCUCGUCGGCCAGCAGACGUACGGCAAGGCGCGGGUCCAGCGCGCGGCGCCGAUACCGGGCGGCGGCGCGGUCCUCGUGUCGCGCGCAUACUACGAAACCCCGGCAGGCGUCGACGUGACCGGCGUCGGCCUCACGCCAGACGCGCCGUGCGCGACGGGCGAGGAGGCGAUGGCUUGCGCGCGGAAGGCGCUGUUGCCGCCGGACGAGCUGGGGUACGUGAGGACUCCUAACUAG